AAAAACCGCAUAAUGCCUAUACCUAUUGACAGCCUCACAACAACGACGGAUGAUUAUCUACAAAUACCACUUUCGAACUUGAAGAAAGCGCAAAUUAGAUCUUCCAGUGACUUCCGUAGUGAUGUCGUUACCGUACCAACGUCGGAAGUUUUAGAAGCCAUGGUUAAUGCCACAUUCUACGAUGAAAUUUAUGAAGGUGAUGCAACAGUAGCUCAACUAGAGCAAAAAAUGGCUACAAUGGCAGGUAAAGAGGCUGCACUUUGGGUUGUUUCUGGUACACAAGCUAAUCAAAUAAGUUUACGUACACAUCUACAUCAACCUCCUCACUCAGUUUUAUGUGAUCACAGGUCUCACAUUUAUUGUUGGGAGUCAGGCGCUAUAAGUGUUUUAUCACAAGCCCAAUCUACACCAGUUAUACCACGUAAUAAACACCAUCUCACUCUUGAAGAUGUUGCGAAUUCGAUGAUACCAGAUGGCAAUAUACAUUUUGCACCAACGAAAGUGAUCAGUUUGGAGAAUACCUUAAGUGGUACUAUCUUACCAUUAAAUGAAGUACAAAGGAUUAGACAAUUUGCUCUUAAUCACCCUAAUAAACCUAAAAUGCACUUGGAUGGUGCUAGAUUGUUUGAUGCUGUUAUUGCAGAAGGUGUAUCCUUAGUUGACUAUUGCGCAAAUUUCGAUAGUAUAAGUCUUUGUAUACAGAAAGGUACAGGUGCACCUGUCGGUUCAAUGAUCGUUGGUUCAAAGGAUUUCAUAAGUAGAGCCAAAUGGUAUAGGAAGAUGUUUGGUGGUGGUGCAAGACAACCAGGUAUGUUAGCAGCUGCUGGGAUAGCAGCUCUGGAUCAAGCCAUACCUUUAAUUCCAAUCACCCAACACAAAGCGCGAUUAGUUUCUGAAUAUUUCACUUCAGAACUUGGUUUACAGUUGAGCGUACCAACUGAAACAAACAUGGUCGUUAUAGAUUUAGAAGCUGCUGGUAUACCACCUCGAGUAUUUAGACAUAGAUUAUUACAAUUUGGUGUCAGAGUAUUUGAGCAAGGUAGGCUGGUAUUUCACAAUCAAAUAACGGAUCAAGGAGUUUCAGCUUUAUGUCAAGGAGUCAAAUCACUUGUAAUGGAUGCGAGAAUACCCAACAAACUCUCUCAACUGGAUCAGGAAAUUGAAGUUUCUCAAUUAAAUGGAUGUUUUUGAAAUGUAACAAAAAACACACUUCUUUCCUUCUUUUUAUAAAAAACCAACUUAUUGGAUAAUGAUUAACGAUUAAUUAUAUAUAUAUAUUUAUAUAUAUAUAUAUGGGACCAUAACAUUUUUU